AUGGGCGUGUCGCCUUGCCAGGUCAGCGGUUUCACGACGUCGAGGAGCUCCGCCGCCUCCAAGCCCAAGCCCACCGACUCUGCGUUCUACUGGCGCGAAGCCCUCUACCACACCUACAUCGAGGUCCUUUGGAAGGACAAGUGGAUGGAGCUCAAUAUGCGCGGCUUCAUGAGCAAGCUCAAGAAGAAAUUCCGCCCCUACAGCCUCGGUAAAGCCGCCGCCUUUUUCAGCUUCCCCGACCGGGACCUCACGAAGGGCGGCUACGAGAGGGCCUACUUUGGCGAGAACAGGCAGGAGCUGCGCCGAGUCAAGGAGCUCUGGGACAAGGAUAACCUCUUCCGCUGGCCCCAGGGUAUUCAGCUGCCCAAGGACGCUGUCGAUGAUGCCGAGGGGGAUGUCGACGUGGAUGAUAGCAGGGACCAGACAGAUCAGUUCGCACUAGAUCUGUGGGAUAGACGGAACUGGCAGAAGAAUGUAGUGAGGAACGUUAGUGCGGCGGGUAAGAAGCUCGAAGCUAUGGGGUUCUGA